UAGUGGCUGGAAACCGACAUUAGAGCCACUUAGUGUCUAGACUGCAGUGAGGUUGUUUGCUGCUGCUCGCAUCUCCGCACUUAAUACUCAUACACCUCGUCCUCUUGCAACACUUGUGAGUGGAGUGUCUCGCGUAUCUGAAUAAAUUUCACGCAAGAUAGAGUGUAUUAAGAAAACAGGAAUCGCUGGUGCACGACGCAAGAGAAAAUUGUCCUUGAUUGCAAAUUAAUUACGCAGUGAUCAAAAGUUUCAAGGGAAUUGAACUAGAAAUGCCACUAACAACCUUUCUAAGAUUUCCAGCAAUCAACCGAGGGUCAAGGAGGAAUGAGUAACUUCAUCUGUUCUCUUCCUUAGCUCAGAAGGUUUGAGGAGAGAGGAGCCACGCAACCUUCCCCUCUGCUGCCUGGGCACCGACUGCCUCCAUCACCCUGCCAGAGCUCCGUCCAAACAUGGGUCAUUGUCUAAAGAAGUUCGAACACGUUCUCAGGAAUUCCUUUUACCGGCUCGGCCAUACGGUUGCCUUGUAUUACGGGUACUUCAUCUUGGUGCCUCUCUUCAUAACUGCUCUCUUAGCCACCGGAUUCCAAAGAAUCAAGUACGAGGAUGAUCCAGAAUAUCUCUUCUCGCCCAGGUCGGGUUACGCUAAGUACGAGCGAAGUGUCGUUGAAGACAACUUCUCCCUUAACUUUACUUCGAACUUUAACCCGUCGCGGAUAACCCGGAUGGGACGCUUUGCUAGAUUUAUCAUUAUGGCCAAAGAUGAACGGACUAUCCUGCGGUCGGAGGUUUGGAACGACAUAGUGUCGUUAGAUCGUCUGGUCCACUCCGUCAGUGUCGUCAACAACGACAAGGUGGUGAGAUACGACGACCUCUGUGCCGUCUGGGACAGUGAAUGUUAUGAGAACAACGUCUUAGGUCUUCAGGAUCUAAUGCCGGGGGUUGAAAAUGGCACCUUCAACCUGACUUACCCCAUAAUGCUCAACCCGAACAACUUCGAGACGUAUGUGUUUCCUUUCUUCUUCGGUGGAGCGACCGUCAACAAUGAUAGUGUCAUUGAGGAGGUGGAGGCGCUCUCACUCUUCUACUGGCUCAGGACCAACAACGCCAAGGAGGACUCUGCCGGAGCGCUCUGGGAAGACGCCAUCCUGAAAGCAGUGGGUGACCGGGACUUCGGCAGCAUCACCGUCGCCAGGUUCGUAUCCCGCACGCUGGAGUUGGAACUCGACAAAAACUCCAACUCGGUGACCCCCUUCUUCGGCGGAACAGUGUUGAUCAUGGUACUGUUUAGCGUGAGUUCCGCCAUGGCUGGAGACUGGGUGAGGACCAAGCCAUGGCUUGGACUGCUUGGCAUCGUCUCCGUCUCUCUCUCCUGCGUUGCUGCUUUUGGCUUUCUCAUUUAUCUUGGGCUGGAGUUUAUUGGUAUCAACAUGGCCGGCCCCUUCCUUAUGUUAGGUAUCGGUAUGGACGACGUGUUUGUGAUGUUGGCCGCGUGGCGACGUACCCGUCUUCAAGACAGUGUACCGGAGAGGAUGGGCCAGGCGUUUAGUGAUGCUGCGGUAGGAAUCACCAUCACCACAGUGACAGACGUCAUCUCAUUCUUCGUCGGGGCCAUCACUCCAUUCCCUUCCGUCCAGAUCUUUUCCAUAUACACAGGCAUGGCGGUGGUGGUGGCAUACAUAUGGCACAUCUCGUUCUUCGGAGGCUGCCUGGCUUUCUCUGGCUACAUGGAGAAGGACCAGCGCCACGGAGUCACUUGCCGCAAGAUCAAAUCCAAGUCAGAAGCAGCGGAUGCCAGCUGCUGCUACCGUUUCCUAUGCACGGGCGGGAUAAGUGAAGCAGAUCCCUGGAACCAAAAGGAUAACAAAGAACACAUCGUUAUGGUGUUCUUCAGAGAUCAAGUGGCCAGUUUCCUCAACAUCCCGGCCGUCAAAGCCGUGGUGAUUGUACUGUUCCUGGUUUACCUGGGGGUGGCCUUCUGGGGCUGCACUAUGCUGGACGAAGGCCUUGAGCGACGGAGACUCUCCCGUGACGACUCCUACUCUGUGGAGUUUUAUGAGAGAGAAGACAAGUAUUUUAGGGAAUUUCCAUACAGAGUGCAGGUUGUAAUAACAGGUGACCUGAACUAUAGUGACCCCGAAACCCAGAAGGAUCUGAUGGCUCUACACAAGGAGUUCGAGUCUACGCCAUACAGUAUUGGAUCCCUCUAUACAGAAUCAUGGCUGAGAGCCUGGUUAGGUUUCGUUGAAAGAAACAAAGAUUUCCUAGAUAUUAAUAUUACAAGUGAAGAGGAUUUCUGCGCUGAGCUCAAAGAGCUGUACCUGUCAGGUCCGGCCAAUCUAUUCGCUGAGGACGUCAAGUUCAACGAGAACCAAACGCGUAUUGAAGCGUCCAGGUUCAUCGUCCAGGCAUACAAGGUGCUGGAUGGAAACGCAGAUAAGGAUAUGAUGGAAACCUUCCGCAAAGUGGCCUCAGAGUCCAAGUUUAACGUCACAGUCUACAAUCUAUUUUUCGUCUACUUUGAUCAGUUCACUAUGGUGAGGUCAACUAGCAUAGAAAACAUCUGUUUAACAGCAGUCAUAAUGAUGGCUGUGUCUCUCGUGUUUAUACCAAACGCUCUCUGUUGUCUCUGGGUCGUCUUCUCUAUCACCUCGGUGGAAAUCGGUGUUGUGGGUUACAUGGCCUUUUGGGGCGUAAGUUUAGAUUCCAUUUCCAUGAUCAACUUAAUCAUAUGUAUUGGUUUUAGUGUCGAUUUCUCAGCUCACAUUGCACAUGCUUAUUUGGUGUCUAAAGGUGAAACUCCAGACGAGCGAGUACGGGAUUGUCUCUAUACUCUGGGACUGCCAAUAUUGCAAGGAGGUCUCUCUACUAUUCUAGGUGUCACCGCAUUAAGUCUAGCUCCCUCCUAUAUAUUUAUCACUUUCUUUAAGACUGUCUUCCUUGUAAUAUUGUUUGGUGUUUUACAUGGACUCGUACUCCUGCCAGUACUCCUUUCCGUCUUGGGCCCUAUUUCUUGUAGUAAAGAGAAACCGAAGGAGGACACAGAGCUGUCUGCGACAAAUUGCCAACCAACCCAUGUACAUGGCCAGGAAAUUUCCCUCUCUGGUCCCAGUUUGAGAAUUCCACGACCACGCAGUGUAACGGCAAUGACCACUAGUGAAUCAGCUGUAGAAGUGGAACCUGAGGUAAUGGAUCAACCUGGAAGCACUAACAAUAUAGAAAAAGACUUGGGUCUCGGCACUUCCAGCGAUGAUUCCAGUGAAUCAAGCGUGAGUAAGGAAGUCGCGAUAUGGCGUGGUGUUUCUGAUAUUGUUACUGACAGUAGAAUUCGUUCCGAACCUCCUAUCCUGAAAACGUUUUCUAAUAAAGGAUAUGUAAGUGAUGGCGCGGAAGCUGAAAAACACCACGUCCACAAACGUCUUGACAGAUACGGUGAAUGGGAAGAUCCACGUCGAAGUCACCAGGGCCCUCGUCGAAGUCAUCAGGGUCCUCGUCAAAAUUAUCAGGGCCAAUGUCCAUCUGCUGAUUAUUCCCCUACUCGACGACACGACUCGUCACACGCACCUGAAGACCGGCCCCGUCACUCAAGGUCUAGAGACAGGGGUAUGCAUCGAAGUGCAUCUUCAGCAGAACAAUAUGAAUCACACACGCCUUCAAAACCCAGUGGACGGCACCGUGAUCGCCGCUAGCAUCACCAUGUACCCAGUACAUGUACCCAGUACAUGUACCCAGUACACAGUCAGUUAUCAAAUGUGGGUUGUGCUGUCCGUAGAUUUGUCUUUUUCAGUUUUUUGUUCGCAAUGAACUCAAAAUUUGUGUUAUUAUAUUAAAACAUUUAGGUACAACUGGAUUCGUGUAGCUACCUUAGACUAUAUGACAAACAAAUCUGUGCUUGAAGACCAUUUUGAUAUGUGAGAAUUUACACAUGCCCAACCCUAUUUUUCUCCAAUGUCUUGUAACUGCGGUACGCGUCAGUAUGUAAGUGUGGUUAUAUGUGUAACUUUGCAUGGUGACUUUGCAUGAAACUGUGUACUAAAGUUUCUUAAAGUUUGUUAAUAUUAUUGUGACUGCAGAAUAAUGUGUAUAAAUAUUGAAAUGCAUCUGAUUCCACAUUGAAAAUUAUGCAUUUUUCUUGUGUGUUUAUUUAAUUGUUGUUAAAUGCCUUUCAAAGCAUUUUGUUGCAGUAUAUAUAUAUAUAUGUGUGUGUGUGUGUGUGUGUGUGUGUGUGUGUGUGUGUGUGUGUGUGUGUGUGUGUGUGUGUGUGUGUGUGUGUGUGUGUGUGUGUUUACAUUAUUAUGAUGUCAAUAAUAUUCUUUAUGUGAAAAUGUUCUAAUCAGAGAAGAAUGGUGUUUACAAUUGUUA